AUGGAGUUCGAUACUCUCCAGGUUCGCUUUGGCGAAAUUGCCCAUGUGGUAUCGACUAAUUUCCAGAAACUUCCCGGCUCGGCUAUGCUGGCCCGAUACAUCCAAUCCAGCUACCAAAAUGACCCCGUUCGAUCUGCCAUUGAAUUGAUACUCGUUUUGUUUUUCAUACGGUAUCUGAUGUCUCCUUCAUACUCUACCCACAAGCAGAAUUUUGUCAAGUUGCGGGAAGGCGAAAUCGAGGAAUUGAUUGACGAAUGGACUCCCGAACCGCUUGUAGCAGACCAAACUCUCAUUGAAGAGAUCGAGAAUGAAAAACUUCCGGUUAUUGUAGGACCGACGGGUCCCAAAGUCAAAUUAUCCAAUGGACGCACUGCUAUUAAUCUGGCAUCCUACAACUUCUAUAACUUUAACGCCAACGACCAAAUCAAGGAGAAGGCAAUCCAAACGCUGCGGACAUAUGGAGUUGGCCCUUGUGGACCUCCUCAAUUUUAUGGCACUCAGGACGUUCAUGAGAAAGCCGAAGCAGACAUUUCUUCAUUUCUCGGCACGGAAGCAUGCAUUGUUUAUGCGCAAACCUUCUCGACGGUUUCAAGCGUCAUUCCUUCUUUUUGCAAGCGUGGAGAUGUGAUUAUUGCUGAUGCUGCUGCCAAUUAUUCCAUCCGCAAAGGCCUACAGAUUUCCAGGAGCAACAUCAAAUGGUUCAAACACGGAGACAUGAGUGACCUAGAGAAAGUGAUGAAAUCUGUUGUAAAUGAGCAGGCAAAAUCGGGUAAACUGACACGUCGAUUCGUUGUUACUGAAGGCUUAUUUGAGACGACCGGCGAUGUAACUGAUCUACCCCGAUUGGUUGAGCUGAAGGAAAAGUACAAGUUUCGAAUUAUUCUGGAUGAAACCUGGUCCUUCGGAGUAUUGGGGCGAACUGGGCGUGGCCUCACCGAAGCGCAAAACGUCGAUCCGCAACAAGUGGACAUGAUUAUCGGAUCACUCUCUGGCCCAUUGUGCGCGGGAGGCGGAUUCUGUGCUGGAUCCAAAGAUGUCAUUGUGCACCAGCGCAUCACUUCCUCUGCUUACACCUACUCUGCUGCCUUACCGGCCAUGUUGGCCAUGACAGCAAGCGAAUCUGUGAAACUACUGCAGUCAAAUCCCGACGUGCUUGUUCAAUGCAGAGAGAAUAUCCGAGCUUUGAGAGCGCAGCUUGACCCGCGUAGCGAUUGGGUUGUGUGCACCAGCUCGCUGGACAAUCCUAUCUUGCUCCUGGUACUCAAAUCCGAAGUCAUUAAGGCCAGGAGAUUGACCGUGGAUGAUCAAGAGAAGAUUCUGAUGGAGUGUGUCGAAGAGUCCCUCGCGAAUGGUGUUAUGAUCACACGACUGAAGACAAGACCCUAUGCGAAUGCCAUGGGGGCGAAGGAUGGAGAUUGGUCACUCCAACCAAGCCUCAAAGUGUGCGUCACUUCUGCGCUAUCUAAAAAGGACAUUGAAAAGGCAGGCAUCGCAAUUCGACACGCCAUUACGAAGAUAAUGACUCGGAAAUCAGCGAACAAGACUAUCUAA